AUGGCUGAGCAGGCACAGCCAGGUGGUUCUACCGUCUACACCUGCUCACCCCUCACCAGCCCUGGCUGUUCAGGUGGAGAGAAGCAGCAGGGGGUCAUCACCCAGAGCACCUGUCGCUGCGGGAGCUUCGAUGUCUCCGAACUGGUCCCACGGUCUGCAGCGCCGGCGGAAAUGCCACCACGUCUCGGUCUCGGUCAGCCGCUGGGCCCUGCACGGCCCGUGUGCCCCUUGGUGCCCAAGACGCUACACUUUGGGGUUUUUGAAGCGGGCAGCAGCUUUAUUUGCGCAAACAUUCAAAGUGGGGGAGUCUUCACAGCCGGCUCCUCAGGGUGCAUCGACUACAAGACCACCACCAUCCUGCUGGACGGGCGGCGGGUGAAGCUGCAGCUCUGGGACACGUCCGGGCAGGGGAGAUUCUGUACCAUCUUCCGCUCCUACUCGCGGGGCGCACAGGGGGUGAUCCUGGUCUACGACAUCGCAAACCGCUGGUCCUUCGACGGCAUCCACCGCUGGAUUAAGGAGAUCGAUGAGCACGCUCCCGGGGUCCCUAAGAUCCUGGUGGGAAACCGCCUGCACCUGGCCUUCAAGCGGCAGGUCCCCACGGAGCAGGCCCAGGCCUACGCAGAGCGCCUGGGCGUCACCUUCUUCGAGGUCAGCCCUCUGUGCAACUUCAACAUCACCGAGUCCUUCACGGAGCUGGCCAGGAUUGUGCUGCUGCGGCACGGGAUGGACCGGCUCUGGCGGCCGAGCAAGGUGCUGAGCCUGCAGGACCUGUGCUGCCGGGCGGUGGUGUCCUGCACCCCCGUGCACCUGGUGGACAAGCUCCCGCUCCCCCUGGCCUUGCGAAGCCGCCUCAAGUCCUUCUCCAUGGCCAACGGCCUGAACGCCAGGAUGAUGCACGGCCGCUCCUACUCCGUCACCGUCACCGCCAGCUCGGCGCACAAGAGGAGCAGCCUCCACAAAGGCAAGGCCGCCCGGCCGCCCCAGAGCCCCCCCCCGCUGCGCCAGGAGCAGCUGCAAAGUCUCCUAGGAGGCGGGAGCGGGCGCACACCGCAGACUCCGUCCCACGGGAGCCGGGGGGCCACGCCAGGGCCGAGAAGCACCGGCCAGCCCUCACGGCGACCACGCCGCUCCGAGCAACGAGGACCCACACCACGGUUUGACGUUGGUGUUUCCACGUGGAUGUGCAUGAAGCUCUUGUGUUAGACGUGUGUUCAUAAAGGGGAGAUGGGUACUCUGCUUGCCUCUUACUACCCUGCAGUUCGAAUGUUAUUGAUGCCACAGUCGCGGUGCAGACGUUUCCCUUAGCACAGCUGCUCUGGUGAGAAUGGUGAUGUGCGUGUCUGCGUGUCAGUCCAGGGGACCCCGGCAGCGACGCCAGGGAACGUAGAGUCGACGCGAGGAGCGAGGCCUUUUUGUAAACCUCCUUAACUAAUUUAUAAACGCUGCGGACGCAUCUGGGAUUAUGGAAAGCUGAUCCGUCCCGCUUCUGUACAAAAUGGGUUUGAUAAAGUUUUUGCUAUGUUAUUUACUACGUUUUGGGAUUAAUAAGUGAUGUAUAUGCACAUU